CGGACGAUUAAAAUAGUCGGAUAUAUUUUUUGGAGGCAUCUUUCCUGCUAACGACCACUGGGGAUCCGAACGGUCUCAUGAUUAGCUUUCCGUCUGUUAUUUAAUCAGAUUCUUGCUCGGCCCUUCUUUCCCAUCCUCCGACCAUAUCAUGGCUUCAGGACACGCUCUUACUCCUACUGAUGACAAAAACGACCAGGGCCUGAGUACGCAGGCUGAUUUACUUGAGGUGGCAAACGACUUGGACUCGGGAGAAAUAAAUGAACUCGCUGUUGUUGCAGAAGGAGAGGAGAAGACGACUUGGUUUGUCUGGACUUUAGUAUUCUGUGCUACAGUGUCUGGGCUACUUUUCGGGUACGAUACUGGCGUAAUAUCAGGCGCACUCGUGACUAUAGGUUCUGAUUUGGGACCGGAAGAGUUAUCCAGUGGCCAGAAGGAAUUCAUCACCUCUGCUACAACAUUGGGCGCUCUUCUUGGCGGUUUGGUAGCAGGUGCCAUGUCUGAUUGGACGGGUAGACGGCCCGUCCUGGCCAUCUCUGAUAUUAUAUUCAUCGGGGGAGCAAUCGCACAAGCAGUCUGUCACAAUGUCUGGAGCAUGGUUGGUGGCCGCUUCCUUCUUGGUAUCGGUGUGGGAUUAGCGUCUUGUAUCGCGCCACUAUACAUCCAGGAGCUCUCUCCAACGCGUCUUCGGGGUCGCAUGGUCGUCAUGAACGUGGUCGCUAUUACUUUGGGACAGGUCAUUGCAUACGGCAUUGGUGCAGGCUUCGAGACAAUGCAUGGCGGAUGGCGUUGGAUGGUCGGAUUGGGGGCCGUUCCAGCCGGUAUUCAAUUAGUAUUUCUGUUCUUCCUUCCAGAAAGUCCUCGUAUCAUGUUGUUGAGAGGUGAUCUUCUUGCCGCUCAGAAGAUCAUGACCAAGAUUUAUGCCCUGGCUAAGCCUUCUGAUGUAGAGCUAAAAGUCAAAGUUCUACAAGCGGCGGUGCAACGAAGCGUAGAGAUUACGCGCAACACGACCUUUAUGCAUCGGUUCAAGUCUAUGCUAAUGAAUCCAGUGUAUCGCAGAGCACUCAUCGUAGGCUGUGGAUUGCAAGCGUUCCAGCAGCUUUGUGGUUUUAAUACACUGAUGUAUUACUCAGCUACGCUCUUUGCAUCCAUUGGAUUUGAUCAGCCGACCGCAGUUGGCUUGAUCGUUUCUGGUACUAACUUCAUCUUCACCAUCAUUGCCCUUGUUUGUAUCGACAGGAUCGGAAGACGAAGGAUUAUGAUUCUUAGUUCGCCUGGUAUGAUCUUUGGGCUGACGUUGGCAAGCAUAUCUUUUCACUAUCUUACUAUCAACACUGGUGGCGACCUUAUUCAAGGUAGUGACUACCCCAAGUCAUGGUCUGCUAUCGUGUUAUUAUCUAUGAUUAUAUUCGUUGCGUCAUACGCUACCGGUCUUGGUAACGUUCCGUGGCAGCAGGGGGAACUCUUUGCACUCGAGAUCCGCGGAGUAGGCACGUCCCUCGCGACUGCGACUAACUGGGCUGCCAACCUGCUCAUCAAUUCCACAUAUCUCUCACUCAUGGAGAAGAUAACGCCUUCUGGCGCGUUUGGUUUCUACGCUGGACUGUGUCUUUUGGGCUGGCUGUUUGUCAUAUUCUGCUACCCUGAAACAGCGGGUCUGAGCUUAGAGGAAGUCAUGAUGGUGUUCAAGCAUAGCUUUGGUAUCAAAGAGAGUGGGCGUCUGAGGGACACGAAACGGAAGAUGAAGGCGAGGGAGGUUACUCACGACGAGAAAGAGACCACGGAACACAAAGAGGUUGCGUCUUCAGAUGUAUAAUAUAUAUACCAUAGUUUCCCUACGCAAUUGCUUUCUAUUUUUCUCUUACGUCUACAUGCCUUUCUGUGGAGCUACUGAAGCGACCAGCCGUGCCCUACCCACAUUCUAUUCAUAAAAUGCACAGUAAAUCAGAUGAGCGCGCUCCGUCGCUA